AUGCUGGCCGAAUUUGAUGAAACGUGUAAAAAGAUCGGUCUUCAGCUGAAUCUGCAAAAUCUGCUGAAUCUGUUUAUGCGUAGCGGAUGGGUCCCGGAUGCUACCUUCACACCCAACGGAACGAACAUAUCCGAAUGCACCAGCUACGCUUAUCUGGGUCGGGAAUUGAACAUGAUGAACGAGCUGACCAAGCUGGGCAAAAGGAAACGAGCGGCUUGGGGAGCAUUCAAGAACAUGGGGAAUGUAGUGAAGAGAACUAAGAACAUCCGGGUCUGUGCUCACCUAAUCAACAACACAGUACUUCCUGCUUUCACCUAUGCUACAUAA